AUGGAGCUAGAUGAGAUUGAUUUUUUACAAAUAUGUGAAGUUAUUGAAAAUGAGGAGUGCGCAUUAGAAGGAAUAAACGACAUGUGUAUCGGAGAUUUUGAUUUCGGAUUUCUUUUCGGAGAACAAGAAGAAGUUCUUAAAACUGAGCCACCCUCAGAAACCCCCGAACCACAGGGGAGGUUUGCAAGACCUAUAACCGAUAAGGAAAUAAAGCUUCUCAUGGAGGAUCAGGAGUGUAAGAAUACCAAAUCAAACACGAGGUGGGCAUUAGGCGUUUGGAGAAAGUGGCGGGAGGAGAGAAAUAAACUUUCGUCGAAUACCGGUGAGUUUAUUCCAGAAUUUUCUGCAAUGGACGCUACUUGUAUGGACUAUUGGUUGCAAAGAUUUGUCGUUGAGGUUCGCAAUCAAAAGGGGAAUGAAUACACGCCCAAAUCGUUAUAUUAUCUUAUGUGUGGUUUGCUGCGACAUUUGCGUGAUAUUGAAAUAUUUGGAAUGAACUUUCUUGACCAUAAUGACAAUAGAUUUGCACGGACACGUAAAGUACUCGACGCCCGAAUGAAAAGCCUCGUAGCCCAGGGGAUAGGAACGACUGUGCGACAGGCCGACCCAAUACUGCCAGAACAAGAAGAUAUUCUAUGGGAAAAAGGUGUGCUGGGGCAAAAUUCCGCCAUUUCCUUACAAAACAGUUUUCUUCUAUGCCUGUAA